GCGGGAAUCGUCCGCGAGAGCCUGCGCGAUGGAGAAGUGGGGCCAGGCAGGGAAGCCGUCCUCGGCCGUGGCGCCUCAGCAGCCGCCGGUGACGCCUCGGAAAGAGAGGAGGCCUAGCAUGUUCGAGAAGGAGGCAUAUGCACAGAUUUUAAGAGAAAGACUGAGAGAAUCAGUUCAUGAUGUUCAGUACGUAGAGCCACCAUUUGAUGACUCAAUUGCUGACACAGGUAAAGAAUGGAAGUGUGCCCUGGCAAAACUGAAGUUUGCUAAUUCAUACAGAAUGGAGCCAUUGAAGAAAUUCCAGGCUUAUUCAGUAGAAACGAAAAUCCAGCAGAUAUUAAAGGAAAACCUUAAAGAUGUCAAAUAUGAUGACAAAGUCUUCUCUCAUUUGUCGCUUGAAUUAGCAGAUCGCAUAUUGUUAGCAGUCAAAGAAUUUGGGUUCCACCGUUAUAAGUUCAUUAUAAAAGUAUUAUUCAUUCAAAAGACGGGUCAGGCAAUCAAUAUUGCCAGCAGAUGGAUCUGGGAUGUUGCGUGGGACAGCUGGGUUGCUGCGAAACAUGAAACUGAAACUUACGUGGCAUUGGCCUUAGUAUUUGCUCUUUACUGUGAAUAGCUUGUUACAUGUACUAAAGAGUGUUCACUUCUCAACUUUUCAAAAAUACAUGAAAUUUACAGAUUUGUGAACCUCAUAGUAGUUUUGAUUAGCUAUUUUUUUAUAU